UUUUGGCCGCACGUGAAAUCCCCGUGGCUACAGGCGCUUGUGUCUAGAAGUCACUUCUUUCGAUCGUUCUGCAGCAGCUUUGCAAUAGCCGUAUGCCGUUGUGAAGCCACUCCCCAUUCGAUAAGACGUUUUCGCGAUCCGCCUACGGUAUAACACGAACCGGUUAACUCUGCUCGACGGGCGACUGGAGGUUUGGUCUCAAGAGAUACUGCACCUCCCCCGCCCUUUUUCAAGAUGAUGUACUGUGAACAUGAUUCGCUAGACUUCAUCAAACCCUCCAAAAAUCGACUCUAUAACCCCUCGAUAGCCUCGUCGGCCUCCUCUUCUUCGGCCUCGGUCUGGUCCGAGACCUCCUCGCAAUCCUCCGACGACACUACCAUAUCCGCCGUCUCCGUGGACUCGUUGGAACCAUGUGUUCCGUACGCGUGUUCCCGCCCGCCUCUUUCUUUAUUAUCAAACUUCCAAUGCCGCAAGGCAACCGGUUCGGGAACGUCUCGGUUGCAACAACAGUCCGAAGUACCGCCAGAGCAGCGACAGAACCCGAGACGCACUAGUAGCGGUGCGACCACCAGAACGGGUUGCCCUCCGCCUCUAGUCCGCCAAAGCGAUCGCAAACUCAACUUUGUCGAUAGCCUCGUCGAUUCGUCGACCCAGAUCGUGGAAGCCAUCUGGCCUUUGUCAUCCGUCUUCCACCGGCAGGAGUUAGGUCCCAAGGCCGUGCUACCGCUGCGUACUUUCAUCCAAGAAACGCUGCGCCGGUCUCGUACGAGCUAUUCCACCUUACAAGUCGCUCUAUAUUAUCUCAUAUUGAUUAAGCCGCACGUUCCCAAGCAUGAUUUUACUAUGGAACAGCCGGAUGACGUGCACACGAGUCGGGUUCUCCAAUGCGGCCGCCGGAUGUUCCUCGCGGCGUUGAUACUGGCUUCUAAGUACCUGCAGGAUCGAAACUACUCGGCGCGAGCCUGGAGCAAGAUCUCGGGGCUUGCCACGCAAGAAAUCAACCAGAACGAGAUGGCUUUUCUCCUCGCGGUGAACUGGAAGCUCCAUAUCACGGACGACGUCUUCAAACGAUGGACUGAUAUCGUUUUGAAGUAUACGCCGUCACAACCACCGUCUUCGGGUCCCGUUUGUUCGCAGGCCUCGGAGCAGCAGAAUCAGGACUGGAGAAAUUUGAUUCUUCAGCUCGACCCGGGGCUAGACAAUAUCGAGGACCUUAUCCCGCUGAGUCCAUUGGUGUCUCGAACUCGGGACUCUACGCCGGUGUCGCCUCUGUCGUCAUUGCCGUCUCUUCCUCUCCCCGAGAGGCCUAGCUACACAAGUGACCCGUCUACCCCCAAGGCUGGGGGUAUCCCCUUUCUUAUGGAGCCUGCGCCGGCCGCCGUAUGUACUCCCGGCCGCCUCGCCCCCGCCAUGGGCCUUCUCCCCACCCCACGCCUCACCCCGCAGUCGAUCGGAUUCAGCACUCCUGCCGCGAGUGCCGCUUCCUAUCUACUCAACGGCAAGGGUUCGAUGGGGAUGGCCAUGGCUCAGGCGGCGACCCUGUCGGCUUCUCAGAGCCUAGACCGGUGGCCUGGAUGCAUCAGCGCGUCUCCCCAGAGCUACGUGUCCACACGUCGUUCUUCUCUCGCCAAUUCUAUCUCGACGGUGUCCUCACCGGAAUCGAUGGUCUCCGACUCGUCGCGCACGUCUCGGUCAUCCUCCAUCUCGUCAGCCUCGUCAUUGGUUAGCGCGCCGUCCACCAAAUUGGAUGUUCAGGCGCGAUGCCGAUACGCGAAGCUUUGCGGUGAGAGGUACAACCUGAGACCUGCCAUCGCGUCGGUGCCGGAAGAUUACGAAGAGAGCUGCAUCACGUCCUCACCCGAAUCCUACACCAGCACGGUGGGUAAGGAUUUUGUACAGAUGUCAUUGGACACUCCAUUGGCACGCCGAGGAUGCGAGAUGGACGACGUUACCAGCGCGGCCCGCGCGCUGCAAGAGCUUCACCGCUACCAUCAGCGAACGAAUACGCAGUCUUGCGCGCCUCGGCUCAGCGCCAAGCGCAGCCGGCCAUCGUCGAUGGAUAUCCCCCUGCAGGAGAAUGUGCGCGAGAUGUUAAACAAUCAAUAUCGCAGCUUCACCGAGCGCGAAUGGAUCGACGCCGUGAUUGGCUGUUGCACCUCUCCCGACAGCGGAAGCCAACGUACACCCGUCCUGGCCACUCACGGAGGCAGGAAGCGGGUUUGCUGCUCCUCUGACACGCGGUCGUAUGUCAUUCCCCCUAUUCACCCCGCCGUCGGGGGACUCGGCGGCCCGGGCAUGUGGGAAGGUAUCCUGAAUUAGAGGCGCGGUCGUCAGAGGGGCAGCGCGCGCUGCUUACUGCAAGGCCUCCUUUGUGAUAAUACUCGACCUUAUGUUUUUAUUUUUUCAUUUGUUUCCUACAACCGGAAGGCGGGGAAGGGUGGGCCCGGAAGGUCCCUGAUACCACCUCGGAAGAUGCAACAGUUUAUAGAGCCUCGACAACGGUCAAGGUCCCCGGACGAAAACAGACUUCUUUUUCCUCCUUGCAACAUGCAUUUUCCAGGAUCAUCGCAUACCGGGACUGGUAGGUGGGUGGUUGUUCGUGUACGAAUCAACAGACAAUGGUGACGGCAACAGAGAUAGCGACUCGAGAGCGAGGAGACAA